AAGAGGUUGUGAAAAUAUUUUUCUAUACAGCAAAUAAAAAAGAGAAAGAGUAGAACUAACUCCUAAAAGUGUAGGAUGAACUCUUUCAGGAUUAUUGAACAAUGCCAUGAUGCGUCUGAAGAGUUCUGGGCAUAAAUAAGAGACCCUCGAACCUGAGAGUGAACAUGCCGAGGUCAUUUUUAGUGAAGAGCAAACGUGCUCACAGCUACCACCAACCUCGCAGCCUGGAGGACGACUACAUCCGACUCGAUGCUCUGCUGACACACACCUACACAGAGAUCCAGGCCGAGUCUGACUGCUUUGAGGAAGUGAAUAAAGGAGCAGGUCGAUAUUCACCUGAAGGCAGCGCAGUGUGUACGGCCGAACUUAAAGCUCAGCACUCUCCGCUCAGCUGUGAGGGAAGUGUGUGUGAUCCGCCCGCCGAGAUCGAGGAGACAGUCUGGAGACCCAGAUCCACAUCUUCUUCUCCAGAUGUGGAUGAAUAUCCGUUAUCGUCACCAGAUGAUGUCCAGCCUUUCGACCUGACCUUCCGACCCUGCGCCUGGAGUCACGGUCGUUCGGAGCUCAGACGCCUGGUCAGACCGCUUCCUCGGAGUCACGUGGCGCGUGAGACGCCGUCCCUUGGCGUUUACAACUCCACAAAGAGGAUCACCGAGGCCUUCUUCUCCAGUCAGUCCUCGUUCCGAGGGCUCUCUCAGGAGGAGUACAGCUCGUUGGCUACGGAUCUCCUGAAGAGCCGCGCACAAGGAUAUUACACUGACUUCAAGACCGUUCCUCAGAACGCAGAGUUCAAAUCGCACCCUGAUGUCUUGUGCACGAGGCUGCAAUCACACGGCUCUUACACGUGCGUCAAGUGCGCUAAGGUGUUUUCUACGCCUCAUGGCUUAGAGGUCCACGCCCGGCGCUCACACAGCGGCACCAGGCCUUUCGCCUGCGAGAUGUGUGGGAAAACCUUCGGUCACGCCGUGAGUUUGGAACAGCACAAAGUCGUCCACUCGCAAGAGAGGAUUUUCAGCUGUAAAAUCUGUGGAAAAAGCUUUAAGAGGUCGUCCACUCUGUCCACACACCUGCUGAUCCACUCGGACACGCGGCCGUAUCCCUGUCAAUACUGCGGCAAGAGAUUCCACCAGAAAUCUGACAUGAAGAAACACACCUUCAUCCACACAGGUGAAAAGCCACACAAAUGUCAGGUUUGUGGAAAGGCGUUCAGUCAGAGCUCCAACCUCAUCACACACAGCCGCAAACACACCGGCUUCAAACCGUUCGGCUGUGACUCGUGUGGUAAAGGUUUCCAGCGUAAAGUGGACUUGAGGAGACACCGAGAAACACAACACGGCCUGAAAUAAGAGCCGCACAUCUCAUUUAUAUCCUUUAUACACAACACUAGGAGCAGCGAGAGUUCAGCUGUUAAAACCAAAAAACUUUCUUAUUGACUUUUAUUAUCAACUAAACUUGAUGUUAUUUAUAAAAAUCUUGUGUUUGGAUGUUUAGGUCACGUGUCCACAUUUUUUACUGACAUUUGUGGAUAAAGAAAUAAAAAGUCUUCCUGAUUUCCUGCACUAUUAUUUUUUACACUGUUUACUUGCUCAGAUGCGUUAAUGUGUCAGUGUUAAUGCGACGUGUGAUGUUAAAGCAGGAGGAAAAAAACAGCGCAGGAGCUUUAUGUAUUUAUUACAGUGAGGUACGAGGAACCUCGACCUUUCACAGCUGCUUAGAAAGCAAACUUUCACACACGAUUUUAUCGCUAUCUCUGAACACCAACAUCUCCAGUCUGGUUUACAGUCCUGCAGAACAGAUUUAAUCAUCUCCUACACACACACACA